ACCUCUAGCUUCAUCUAUUCAAGCUUCCUCCCAAUUAUAUUACUCGCCUUCAUCCGAUGUGAGUAUUGACGAGCUUAUGGUACGGUGCUUUGGCAGGUGCGUUUCCCCCUUUUUUACCCCGCUACCCCGCUAAUUAUUUUAGAUCCUCACACACAUACAAGAUGCCCAAAAAGCCAAUUAAACAAGGGUAUAAGAUCUACGGACUUGCGGAUCACGGAUACAUAUAUAAUUGGAUUUGGAGCUCGCGAGAGAAGGGAUUGCAAAAAAUGAUUCUCCAUCCAACCCUUACAAAUACCGGUUCUCUCGUACGAAAUCUGGCACUUUCCCUCCCACGCCGCUACCUUACGAUAUAUCUCGAUAAUUACUUUACCUCUGUACCCUUAUUUUCAGAACUACGAGCUUGCGGAUUCGGUAUAGUAGGUACUAUCCGCCCACAUAAGCAAUUUCCUCCUGAAUUAUCGGCAAUCAAGAACCGAUUUGCGAAAAAGCUAGAAUGGAAUACCUUGCUUGCGGCAGUGGUUGAGGAUAUGCUUUGCUUAGCUUGGCAAGAUAAUAGUAUUGUCUUGUGUCUAAGUAAUGUCCAUACUGUGGAUAAGGCAGAGGACUUCCGGGAAAAGGAGAGGAAACGGCCCGCAAAGACGUCCACAAAUGGACGAAUCGUCCGUGAGGUUUUUGGCAAUCUACCAAUAAAGGAGCUUAAGAUUCCUAGCUUUAUUAAUGAUUAUAAUUAAUAUAUGGGGGUGUAGAUCUUGCAAAUUAAUUCAGGGAGAUAUAUGAAACCCAUAAACCUACCCUAAGGAAUUGGUGGCCCUUAUUUUACUGGCUAAUUAAUGUAGCUUGUAUCAAUGCGUACAGGCUUUAUCAGUUACAUACAGUACAAGAGCGUCUGCUUACACACUUGCAAUUUAGAAUC